AAGCCAAGAAACGCAGAGCAGUAACUUUCCCUCUCUCUCUCUCUGCUUUGCUUUUUAUGUUUUAUCUGUCUCUCCAUAAGGCUGCUCCUCAAACAAGCACUGCUACUUCUCAUUGAACCAAAACCCAAAGAAUAUAUCAAAUCAAUUCCUAACCAAAACCAACUUCUUCACUGUUUCUUCAACCUUUCAAGUUAUACUACUACUAUGGGUACUCUACAUGACGACGUUGUGAUUAUAAGGCCGUCGGAGAAAGAAGGAGACCCCUCUGUUAUCACUGUUAACUGCCCUGAUAAAACUGGUUUAGGCUCUGAUUUGUGCCGCAUCUUGCUCUUUUUUGGUCUUAGCAUUGUCCGAGGAGAUGUAUCUACGGAUGGGAAAUGGUGUUAUAUAGUAUUUUGGGUGGUUUGUAAGCCAGCGACAAGGUGGGAAUUGUUGAAGAAAAGACUAGUUCAGGCUUGCCCUUCUUGCUCUUCUGCUUCUGGAAUUUCUUAUUACCGUUCUGAGUUGCAGUCUCCUAAGCCUCCUGAUGUCUUUCUCAUCAAGCUUUGUUGUGUUGAUAGAAAAGGCCUUUUGCAUGAUGUGACACAAGUUCUCUCUAGUCUUGAACUCAAUAUACAGAAAGUGAAGGUAUCAACAACUCCUGAUGGAACAGUGGUGGACCUUUUCUUUAUCACAGACACCAGGGAACUAUUACAUACAAAAAAUAGGCAGGAGGAGACUUAUAAAGCAUUGGAAGAUGUUAUGCAGGAUGCUAUGAUUAGCUUUAACAUCGAAAAGGUUGGACCAGAAAUUACGGCAUGUUGUCAAGCAUCUCCAUAUCUCCCGUCUGCAAUAACUGAUGAUAUUUUCAACUUAGAGAUGUCCAAUGACCUCCCAAGUGUAUCACUUACUUCCAACAAUGUUUGUGUCACGAUGGACAACUCACUCAGUCCUGCUCACACGCUUGUUCAGAUUGUUUGUCAAGAUCAUAAAGGUCUUUUAUACGACAUAAUGCGAACUCUGAAGGAUUACAACAUUCAGAUUUCAUAUGGACGCUUCUAUAUAAAACAAGGAAGAAAGUGUGAGAUUGACUUGUUUAUAAUGCAAUCCGAUGGGAAGAAGAUAGUUGAUCCUAGCAAGCAAACUGCAUUGUCGUCGCGUCUGAAAAUGGAACUGCUCCAACCACUAAGAGUAACUGUAGUGAGCCGGGGUCCUGACACUGAGCUUCUAGUUGCAAAUCCCGUAGAGUUAUCAAGCAAGGGCCGGCCUCUUGUUUUUUAUGACAUUACCCUUGCUCUAAAGAUGCUUAAUACUUGCAUCUUCUCGGCAGAGAUUGGGAGACACAUGAUCAGAGAUCGAGAGUGGGAAGUUUACAGGAUUCUACUAGAUGAAGGGGCUAGUUCAUCCAUUCCGAGACGAAAGGUUGAGGAAGAAGUUUGGAAGCGCUUGAUGGGUUGGGAAUAACUAUGAUCGGUCACAACAUUGCCCCCUCCACAAUGGCCGUUGCUAGCGCAGCUGUACAGUAUACUUUACCCUGCCACCACCAUGUGGAGUCGGUGUAAAUUAUGGAUCACUUUGCUAGAAUUUCGCACCUUACACGUCCAGCUUCUGAGGCUAACCUUGCAAUAUAGGAACCAGUUGGUAGGAAGUAGAUAAAAGGAACAGUACGUUGUUUUGGCCAUGUAUACAUGAAAGUUGUAUCAUAGAGGUAGAUAUCGUGCAUAUAUUGUUUUUGUAAAGUAUCUUUGAUUGUGGACCCUUUUGUGUGGGUCAGUUUGGUUUUAAAUGAAAAGCAAUCCAACCAAA